AUGGUGCGCCCUGCUUCUCAGUUUUGGGAGCACGUCAUUAAGAUUAAGGAUGAGGAAGGCAACAUAGUCGGUGCUACUUGCAUUCAUUGCAAGAAUCCUGUGACGGCUAAUGCGACUACGAUAGGCAAGCACAUGUUCGGCACUAACAAGAGGGACAAGAACGUUGCGAUGUGCAAGUCGGACUACGCUAAGCAGCUGCGGGCGACAGCCGAUCAGGAGCGCUCGACCACGGAAAAUGCUACGGGAGGAUCAACCCGUGCCUCCACGUCCUCGGUGGAGGCGCCGCCCGUGCGGCGCUUCCGGCAGCGAGAUAUCCGUGAUAUGACGGACCAAGUUGCGCAUAAUCGCCUGGAUUACCUGUGGGCUGCUGCAGUUGCCGAGAACGACCUCGCCUUCAACGCCAGCAAGUCGAAAUCGAUCCACGCGUUCGUUGACGCGGUGAUCAUGUACGCGAAACCGUACACCCUCCCAACCCCGUACAAGGUAUCCGGCCCAUUGCUGGACAAGCUGAAGGCGGACUCCGAGGACCUGCUGCGGCCGCUGAAGGAGAGCUGGAAGACCAGCGGGUGCUCGCUCUCCGUCGAUGGAUGGACGGACAUCAAAUCCCGCGUAUUUGUGUGUGUCAUCUCGCAAAAUGACACCGCACCCGUCAUCGUCGACAUCGUUGACUCGAAGACCGCCAAAAAAAUCGGGGACUACUUGGCAACGCUUAUUCAGGGAGCGAUCACCACUGUGGGGCCGAAGCAUGUCGUCCAAGUCGUGAUGGAUAACGCUUCGAACAACAAAAACGCCGCCAGCAAGCUGAGCGCGGAUUAUCCCCAUAUCUUCUUCACCAACUGCGCCGCCCACUGCCUCGACCUCAUGCUGCACGACAUCGGCAAGAUCCCUGCCGUGGAACUCGUCCUUUCCCAAGUGCAUCAGGUCGUGAUGAUGAUCAAAGGCCCCGCCUCAUUUGGCACCCAGGUCAUCAUGCUCGGCAGGUUCCUUGAGGUGAAGCGCGCGUUGAGGGCGAUGGUAAUCAACGAGCAAUGGGAGGAUGUAGCAGUGGCACGGACGGAGGAGGGGAUGGAGGUUAGGAAGCUGCUUUUGGACGACGUUUUUUGGGACUGUGGGACGGCCGUGCACCGCCUCAUGACUCCCAUCUACGAGGUUCUCCGCGCCGUCGACACACGGGCUCAAGUCAUGGGGCAGCUGUACGGCCUCAUGCUUGAAGCCACGGUGAAGACUAAUGCGGCGGCUGAGACGGCUGCCGCACACUUCAUCAAGCGGACGGGUCUGCUGUUGCCGAAGGACAAGAGCACUUUCCUCACCUCCAUCAAGGCGAUCAUUGCCAGGAGGUGGGACGCACGACUGCACAACCCCCUGCAUGCCAUCGGUUGGCUCCUCAGCCCCCGUAACCUGUACAUUGGGGAGGUAAGGAAUGACAAGGAGAUUAGGAAGGGGGUGGAUGAGGUAAUCCAGGCCCGGGGCGGAGAUGUGCAGCAGCGCAUAACGCUAGCUGCACAGGUGGCUCAGUUUCACCGAGGGGAGGGCAGGUUGGGCUCUGACGAUGCCCGUUGGGCAGCAACUACCUUGGUGGAGGCGGGGCGCAUGACGGAGGCGGAAUGGUGGUUCCUGUUUGGUGGGGAGGUGCAGGCGCUCCAAGACCUGGCUGUGACGUCUUUGUCACAGCCAGUCACCUCCGAAGUGGAGAGGUACUGGUCGGCGCUAGCACGUGUGCAGAGGCGCGACCGGAACCGCCUCACGGCGAAGAAGAUGAUUGACGUCACCUUCGUCGCCUUCACCCGGCGGGCCCGUGAUGCCUUUGAUCGAAAGGCAGCCCUGCGUUCCAAGCUCUAUCAGGACCUGGGCAACGGCACCCUCAGGGAAGGGGCUGCCAUCAUCCCGGCCGAAGUGGAGGUGGAGGAAGGGGAUGCGGAGGAGGAGGCACCCGUGGAGGAGGAAUGCACCAUUGAUUGGUCGGAAUUUGGGAGCAUCGGCAAGAAGAGGAAAGGGAAGGCGGGUAAGUCAUCUAAAGGGAAGAAGAGGGGGAAGGGCAACGGUGCAUGCAAGGGAAAGGGGAAAGGAAAAGCAGGGGAUGCAGAGGAGGAAGAGGAGGCGGAAGAGAGCGGUGGGGAGGAGGAAGAACCUGCCCUGAAUCCCAAGGGGCGAUAUGCCUGGGAUUGCAGCGACGGUUCAAGUGGGGAGGAGGAGGAGGAGGAGGAGGAAGAGGAUGACGAGGAGUAUGACGGGAAAACGGAGGGGGACGGGAAUGGGGAUGGUGCGUGGAAGGAUGAGGAGGGUGGGGAAAGGGACGGCGGGAUGGUGUGUGGGAGUGGUGUGAGAGAGAAAGGUGGGGAGCGGAAGGGAAUGGAAAAUGGGCUGUGUGAAAAUCGCUUGCGGAUGAGUAGAGGAGGAGGUGGAGGAGCAGAGGAGGGGGAGGUGGGGGAGGUGGGGGUGGUUUUGGAAGUGGAGGUGAGAGGAGUGGUGCUGGGGGAGGGGUGGGGGGUGGAUGACGUGGCAGCAACAGUUGAAGCAGCUUCUGAUGUGCUGAGAAGAGCCAAGACUGUGCAGGGCUUCCGGCAGCUGUACCAGGAGGUAGAGGCGGCGGGCUUCCGGCAGCUGUACCAGGAGGCAGAGAGGGCACGGGUUGUGGGGCCUAUGAGUGCUGCAUGGGAGAUGCAGGCAGAGGAAGGCGAUGAGGGAGUGGAGGAGGGAGGAAAGGAGGAUGAAGCGGGGAAAGCGACAGGAGGAGGAGAAGGUGUAGCAGGUAUGGAGGGAGUUGUGCCUGAGGGUUCUGUUAAGAAUGGAGGGAAAAGUGAGUGUAAUGAUGGGAAUUCGAAGGCAGGAGGAAAGAAGAGGAAGCGAGGCAAGUAA